AUGAACGGUCCUUCGUUUGCGGGGGCUUCUACCCAGCGACAUGCAUCCGUCAGUUCAUCCUCGACUAAUCCUCAACACCGCGGAUCUGCGACCAAUACAAAUAGCUCCUCUUUAUCUUCUUCUUCACAACACUUAAAUAAUGGCCCUGACGCCGAUGCCUCCACGUCUUCUUUGUCGUCUUCUGCUACCCCGCCUGAUUAUAUUGCGAAACCUUUUACGAGAAUAAAUGAUCGAACGUACUUUCGCGAUCCUGAAAACCCUUAUCCGCUACCAUGUGAUCUUCCGGAAAUACAUCGACAGUCCCUUCGUACGCUGACCUUGAUCCGAGUCUUCGGGGCUCCGUUCUGCGCGCCACAAUUGAAAGAUAAGCGACCGAAGAAGGUCCUCGAAUUAGCAUGCGGUUCCGGUCUUUGGUCGCAUGCAUGCCAUGACUACUUCCUCGAACACGAUGCCGGCGCCGCGAAAUCGCCCAAGGAUAGCAAGAAAACUACAACGUCCUUUACGGGCCUUGAUAUCGUCCCCAUUGCGCCAGAUUUGCGUCGGAAGGGAAUCAAUUGGCAUUUUGUCCGACACGACAUUCGCAAGCCUAGUCUACCAUUUCCUUCGGAACACUUUGAUUUUGUGUUUAUCAAGGAUGCCGGACUUUGUCAAUCCGCCACAGCGCAACAGAUGGAUCUGCUAGGUGAACCCUUGCGGGUACUCAAGCGCGGCGGUAUCCUUGAAGUCUGGGAUUCUGACCAUGUAUUCCGCGCACUGCUACCGAAUCCUACUCCGCCGCCUAACUUAUCCAAGAAAGACCAAAACCACGCCGACGCCACUGCGACGUACACAAUCUCUUCGGCGACACCGUUCGCUGCAGCACAAAACAAGUACUUGCUCGACUAUAAUUCAUGGAUCGAGAAGGCAUUCGAGAAGCGCAAGCUUACUCCAAUGCCAUGCGCCACCAUAGGUCUUUCUUUUACAACCGAGGCUGAUGCGUUUCACAAUGUUGGUAGUCGUCGCGUCGCAAUCCCGCUUGGGGCAGAGGUGCGGUGGGAGCAGACCAGUGGGCGGGGAAAGUUGAAUGCCGAGCAAUUAGCUCUGCGACAUACUGCACUCACCACUACCAUCCAGAUGAUAGAAGGAAUGGAACUGAUGUUGAUGGAGGCUAGCGGAAAGAGUAGGGACGAAUGGGAUCGAUGGUGGGCUGCCAUGACCACGGACUUCUUGCAAAAGAACGGCCUUGCCAAUGGCGAGUGUCUCGAAGUUGGCGCUUGGUGGGGACAGAAGAGAUAA